AUGGAACAGGUUAAUCAAUUAAAAGAAAAGGGUAAUGCAGCUUUGUCUUCUGGCAAAUAUGAUGAAGCCAUAAAAAACUACACCAGUGCAAUAGAAUUAGAUCCUAAAAACCACGUUUUGUUUAGUAAUCGUUCAGCGGCACACGCUAAGGCUGGAAACUACCGGGCUGCACUGGAAGAUGCAAAUAAAACUGUAUCAUUGAACCCUUCAUGGAGCAAGGGUUAUUCCCGCAAAGGUAGUGCCCUAGCAUAUCUCGGAAAGCAUGAGGAGGCAAUUGCUGCGUACGAGAAAGGUCUGGAACUUGAACCAAGUAAUCAACAACUAGCUGCAGGGUUGGCAGAAGUGAAAAAGCAGGCAGAAGAAGCUAGAUUAAGAACAGAGGCCUUAUUUGAGAAGUUAAAAGCAAAUCCCCAAACCAAAGAAUGGCUUAAGGAUCCUGAAUAUGUCAAUAUGGUUAAGAGUCUCAAUCCUUACGAUAUAUCCACACUAGAUUCCAGAAUGGAGGACAAGCGUAUGCUAACAACACUUAGUGUUAUGCUCGGUCUAGAUUUAGGUUCUCCAAUGGAUGUAGACCCACCAGCUCCAGAAAAUCCAGAGCCUCAACCAAAAAAAGAAGAGCCACCUGCACCAAAAUAUGAAGAUUUACCCGAAAACAGAAGGUUAGCCUUACAGGAAAAGGAUUUAGGCAAUGAGUGCUAUAAGAAGAAAGAUUUUGAUGCUGCCCUAGUACAUUACAAUAAAGCUAUCGAACAUGACUCAACGGAUAUAACUUUCUACACAAAUAUGGCGGCAGUGUACUUUGAACAAAAGGAAUAUGAGAAGUGUAUUAAGGAAUGUGAAAAGGCGAUUGAAAUUGGCAGAGAGAAUAGGGCUGACUUCAAGCUUAUUGCCAAGGCUUUCACUAGAAUUGGUAACGCCUACAAAAGGAUGGAGCAGUGGAAGUUAGCGAAGACCUAUUAUGAGAAAUCCAUGUCAGAGCAUCGCACUCCGGAGAUCAAGACAUUGCUCAGUGAAGUGGAGAAGAAGAUUGUGGAGGAAGAGAAAAAGGCCUAUGUAGACCCGGUCAAAGCGGAGCAAGAGAAGGAACUUGGCAAUGAGUACUUUAAGAAGGGCGAUUACAGCUCAGCAAUGAAGCACUAUAGUGAAGCGAUCAAACGCAACCCGGACGACCCCAAGCUGUACUCUAACCGUGCCGCGUGCUACACGAAGCUGGCCGCCUUCGACCUCGGUCUUAGGGACUGCGACCAGUGCUGCAAGUUGGACCCCAAGUUCAUUAAGGGUUGGAUCAGAAAGGGCAAGAUCUUACAGGGUAUGCAACAGCCUUCCAAAGCUCUCACCGCAUACCAGAAGGCACUGGAGCUGGACCCGAGCAAUGCUGAGGCCUUGGAAGGGUAUAGAGCCUGCUCUACACAACUCAACUCCAACCCUGAAGAGGUCCGUAAACGCGCCAUGUCUGACCCCGAAGUGCAAUCCAUCCUCCGGGACCCUGCUAUGCGUUGCAUCCUUGAACAAAUGCAACAAGAUCCUCAAGCUUUACAAGAUCAUCUCAAAAACCCUGAGAUUGCAGCGAAAAUACAAAAGCUAUUGGAGUCUGGUCUCAUCGCCAUACAU